AAUGACUCCGGACAGGGUCAGUAUUGAAUCAUCUAGUUGUUUCUAUCGGAACGGAACUUCAAAUACUACACUAUCAUGUCCAGAUGGAUACGCGUAUGAUGCCGAUUCUGGAUACGAUUCAACAAUAGUAACCGAAUUUAAUCUUGUAUGCGAUAAAAAGCUUCUGCCUGAAAUAUUUUUAUCAGCUGGUACCUUAGGAGGUGUUGUCGGAAGUUUGUUCAUUAAUAGACUUUCCGAUGUAAUUGGUCGAAAGAAAUUAUUGACAAUUGUAUUAUUCGUUGGCUUCGUUCGCAAUAUGGUUUCGGCAUUGUCACCCACAUUCCUCUUCUUAAUCGUUUGGGAAUGCAUUAUGAGCAUCACAUUUUAUGGACUUGCAACUACAAUUAUGAUUUGCGUAUUAGAAAUAUUCCCUAAAGAGAGACGCACAUUCGCUGGAACUGCAAUAGAAUUUUUUUGGUGCGGUGGCUACUUCCUAGCUGCGUUAAUUGUAUAUUUAAUAAGAAAUUGGAGACUUUUGACAUGUUAUAGCGGUGCUAUUCAGUUAUUUUCCGCUGCCCUUAUUCAUUUUGGUACACCUGAAUCGAUCAACUGGCUUCUAGCUAAUGGAAAAUUCGAUGAAGCUGAAAACGUCAUUCAAAUGGCUUCAAAAUAUAAUACGAAAGAGGUUACAAAGGAGGAUUUUAAUCAAAUUUAUGAAGCGAAAAAUGUUAAAGUGGAGAAUGAAGCUCAGUCAAAAAUUUCACUUCUCAGUAUUUUCAGUAACAAGACGGUACUAAAGUGUAUCAAUAUGCUCGUUUAUUCUGGUCUUAACUUAACUGUUACUAAUCUAACUGGAGAUCGAUAUUUGAACUUUCUGCUGUAUGCUACGGCAGAAGUACCAGCUUUUAUUGUUAUGUAUUUCAUACUACCAGUGUGGGGAAGAAGAAUUCCUUGUGCCGUCUUUCAUGUUAUCGCUGGAUUGAGUUUGAUAAUGACCAUUAUACCUAAUCUCAAUCUAUUAUCCGAGACUCAAGCAUAUAUAUUUGGCUUAACAAUGAACUUUAUAGGAAAGUUUGGUAUUACAGCAAGUUUUUCAAUCAUUUAUUUGCAAAUCCCGGAAAUAUUUCCAACCAACAUUCGAAAUUUUUCCAUGGGACUGUGUAUGUUUUCCAGCAGGGCUCUAAGUUUAGCUAUACCUUUCGCUCGAACUCUGGAUAAAGAGAUCCCUUGGCUUGUAAGAGCAUUAUUUGGAGGAUUGAGUGUCCUGGGAGCUUUUGCAGCAUUAAAUGUCCCAGAGACACUUGGAAGAGACCUACCAAGAGAUAUGGAAGAAUUGAACUCUUGGAGUUUAAAAGGACCAAAGUAUGACAAACAGGGUAAAGAUGAGCAUGUGUAUUUAGAAAUGAACAAAAGCUCACAGUAA